AUGCAUAACGUGCUGCCGCACGUUAUCAAAGUUGACGAAGGUAUGUUAUCAGGUGAUUUUUAAGUGUGUUUCCGCAAACAAAAAUAUCUUUUGCAUGCAUGCGGAGAGUGGUGUAGUGCCCAGCUUGCCGCGGAAAUGCGGGGAAAGUGUUAACUUCGUGACAGCUGACAUUUAAUGAGCACGAACUCUCGAAGCGGAAAAAAAAUUAUUAAAAAACGGGAAUCAGAAAAAACACUUCUAAAGGCACCGGAACCUGGGCAUUUAUUUGCUUCCGGCCCGUAUAAUUAUUAGAAUAACCAGAUGACGAAAUCAAACGAAAUGUUUCCAUGUUCUAAGUUACGAAGCAUCACGUGCUAUGGUUGGGCCAGAGGUCAUCCUUAGAGUAGGAGCUCGCAGCGGGAGCUGUUUUUAGCCCUUCCGUACGUUUGCUUUAUCUUAAUGCGUAUUACUAUCCGCAGUUAAGUACCUUUUCUUCCCCCGAUAUUUAUUCGGCUUUUUUGGAUCAGGCUGUUGGCAGCUUGAGGGACGCGUGGUUCUCAUCAUUUCUGUACGUGCGUGCAACUUUAGACGGCAGAAGGCAACGUCAAUUUGGGAAAAAAGUGCAUAUGUAGUACCAUAAGACGGUUUGAGAGUGUGUUGACAUGUUUUUGAAGGACUCCUUAUAAGAGGUUUCGAGUGCUCAUCACCGGUUAACUGCUCAUUAUCGAGCCCCUAUGGCGUUCGAAGAGAACUUUCUGUACUCUCCAAUCGCAUCAGUUUCAGAAAAGUUAGCCAUAUGCGUGAGAUUUCCAUCCUUCUUCCCCAAGAAAAUACAGGGAAAAUGACGGUCGUAAUUGCACCGUUGCAUGUACGAGCAUCGAACAUUCUCCGUUUGAUUUAAACGAACCAGAUACUUGUGUGAAAAUAACUGUAGUAAGAAGCUGAAUUCGCGUAAAUAUCAGUUGUUUGUUUGCGUCGAGCAGACUAGACGUCUGCCGGUGUCCUUUAUUUAGUAUCCAUUGUAAGUGGUCACAAAGUCUGCCGUUAACUACCGACAUAUCUGCAAAGCCCGCGGUAUUCCCUGACCGCCUUCUUGCUCGGUUAUAGCUCUUGUGAAUAACGGCAGCUAGCUCUGAUAGGCGAAGCGUUUCACAUAGUUUGGGCCACAACGCUGCCCACAAAGCAGAAGAGUCUAUGUAGCCCUCUGAAUCGAUAUCACCAGCAGCGUUUUCGUUGACUUUUUAAAAUAGCGAUGACGCUGUCAGUACCUUCUUUUUUAAAAGCAAGAGACCUCGUCCGGUCAUUAGCUCGCGCAGUUGUUUUUUGAGGUUGUUAUACAUAGACCACACGUGAGGAAGAGGAAUGCCUACGAAACGAUCUUGACCGCGGUUAUUUAUUGAUUUGUGAGCGAAGCAUACGAACCCUGCCUCAAAUUAGAUUCCCUAUACUCAUUUCCACAAUAUAACACUUGCAUGAUGAAGAAGCAAGUGAAGGUGGCUUUAGAACUGUGGACACCUGUUCUGUCGUCUGACCCUCAAAUUUUUCUUUGCCUUAUCACUCCGGACGCCAUUUUGGCGUUUUUCAGGAGCUUUUCAACCUAUAAAAUGAUAUCAUCUUGUGGAUUACAAGUCGACCAUGGCAGACUUGGAUUUGCUGAAUUUUGCACGUCCAAGUGCGGCUUCUUUUAACUGUUUUAUAAGAAGACUGCCUGGUCAUAUUCUUUCGUUUUUACUAUUUCAGCUUUCUCGUCCCUGCAAAAAAUUGGGAGAAUCCUUCUAAACGGUGGUGUCAUCGCCGUCCCAACAGACACUGUCUAUGGCCUUGCUUGUUGUGGCCUGAACACGCAAGCACUGCAACGCCUCUAUGAGAUCAAAGGGCGUGAUGCCUCAAAACCCAUGGCCAUUUGUUUAGAUAAGGUCUCUCUUACCUGCCACCUUGUAUCUUUUCGGGAUGGUUUUCACGCCACUACUACUGGUAUAUCGAGAAAAAUAGCUGAUAACAUUUCACGUUUCUUUCUCGAUCAUAUUACCCCUCGCAUUUAUUUGUUUCCAUCCCAAGAGAGACCCGGUUGUAAUUCUUACAUCCCGCUAACAAAUACUCAGUUUUACACAAAUGCUCGUCUUGUUAAAAAUAAAAAACAACGCACGUUGGCUCGACUCGCCUGUUUCCUCUGUAAAAGGAGAUUGCGGGCGCGCACUGAGGCUUCGCAUAAAAAUAUAAUAAGUGAGUUGGGUAAUUCACUGGUUGUUUGUUGUGGUGAUGCCUGCUGAACGCAGUGUCCAAACCUACUUUGCAAAGACAAUUUUCUAAACUGGAAAAAGUAAGUAUGGAGUCAUUGGUGAGCUCGCGCCCAAACAUACGCAGAGAUGUGUUUGCACCGCUUAUUGGCAAUCCGCACUUGUCUGUCGCCCUGUCCGGCGUUGGAAAGGCAAGUUAGUUUCCUUCACCCACUUUUUAUCUGUCGGGGAGGUUGCCGCAGUAUGACCACCAUGCUCCAUCCAGCUUCAUGUAGUCAUAGGUGGGACAUUCCGUCCAACGUAGCUGCAGUCUACCCCGUGUUUGCUUGGGAAGGAGUCACAAGCCAUGACGGAUGUUUGUGGUCCUUAUAGGAUAUUUUGUUCGCCGAGCAACAUAGUUGUAGAACUCUAGACUGCUUUUUCGGGGUAGGGGGGCGAGGGUGUGUAGGUACAUGCUCUUUUACACAUAGAAAUCACAGGUGGCCACUUUUCCACCGGGCUGACCUUCCCAGUCGUCGCGUUUUAACAUAUGCUUUGUGAGACUAGAAUGACUGUGGUCCGCACGUUCUUUUUGGACUUUCCGACUGGCAGUGACGCCGUGUUGCUCUUUAUCCUUCAUUUCAACACAAAACCAAUGCGACUGGGCUUGUGGACCUGUACAGUUGUCUGUCAGGUGAUUACAAGCCUACGCACUGCUAGCAGCCGUUUCGUGAGACAGAUGCUCACCUAUCCAGUUUCCCCGUUUUACCUUGGAUCUCUGGUUUAGGGCCUACGCAGACAGUCAGGUGCAGCUAGCAGUGAAAAGGAAGACUUUGUUGGCAGAAGCAAGUUGCAAGGAUUGCAAUGUUUAACAGCCUCCCCUCCCCCUUCUCGGAUUGACACCAUGUGGCCGAGUUAAGCACCUACCGAAGCCUGUAUUCUACCAUAACCGUAUGCUUCAUAUCCGCCGCUAUCUGAGAUAUCCACACAGUAGCCAACACAACUCUGUUCCUUAACUCACCUUGAAGCUUGCCGUUACUCUUUCUUAUCCCCUGCCCGGUUAUCUGUGUCUGCUGACAGAGGUUUAAACCGGACCCCGGAAUAUGUCGCUAACACUUCGCUUUUCGGUGUCCACUUCGUCCUUGUCGUUGACAGCGUUCGAAAAGUCAGCUGAGGAAGCGUCAUCGUGCAACUUGUGAAGUCAUCUGGGAACGUCUUUGAAUACUGCUGUGUUAAUACUGAACUUGAGGGAUGAAGUCUUUUGAUCCGAAGUAUGCGGCCUUUCUGAUCGAUAAUGCCAAAGUGGACUGGAACCCGAUGCCUACUGCUAAGUUAUUCCCAACUCCAACUAUUUCCUCGAAGGGGGUCCGUGCAGCACAUUACAUUUGUUUCUAGCACUUUAUUUUGUUCGAUUUAAUUACCUGCCCCCUGCUCUGGCUUUCACAUUGUACUUUUCAAUAAUUCUUUACACACUUUCCUUCCGUCUGUCAGGCUAGUAGUAUCCCUCAGUGGUGCAAUACUAGUCAUAUCAACGACAAACUCCUGGCCACACUCUUGCCGGGUCCAGUGACUGUUAUCUUGCCGCGCCGCCAACCCCUCGACCCCCUAAGUCCGCUGCUGAACCCUGGAGUAGCCGAAAUUGGCAUCCGUGUACCCAACCACCCAGUCGUUCGUCAGAUCCCUGAGGCCCUUGCCAGUGCCUUCCGCGAUUUUCCCAAGGAUUGCCUCACCGGCUUGCACAUACCCGACGGUGCCGCAGUUGCAGAAGCCACGGCUUUCCCAAUUGUUCUUACUUCAGCCAAUCCCAGCGGUUUGCGGUCGACACUUGCGCCAGAGGUGAGAAUCCCCCGUGAUUGGCGUGUUUUUAGCGUUGCUGACAACUAUACUUUACGAAUAAGUCCCCUCGUCACACUAGCGACUUCUCACUAUCCUGCGACUUUGCUGUCUCUGCUGAUGAGGAGCGCCUUGUCUAGAGUUUCGCGCCCUAAGAGCUAAAAAAGUAGAGGCAAAUGAAAAAAUGACUCUAUUCGCGGCCGUGUUAGCUGAGGUUGCGCCGCCCCCUUAACUGUCGUGUAGUAACUGCUGCCAAAAAUCACAUCCCGGAGCCCGAACAUCUGUCUGGUCCGUUCUCCUCCUCCUUCCCUCUCUUUUUCUUUUUCUUCUUCAUGAGGACUGUGAGUUUUCCGAGCGAUGCCUGUUAAUGCGAACCCCAGACAUGAACACUGCUGCUGUUUCGGAUCUAAAGGGAGAUCAACAGUCCUGUUGUCAGACAGCUAUCCAUUUGCCGAUAGAAACGAACAGGCGAGUUCCAGGAAGCAGUUCAGAAGACGAAGACGCUAUUAGUGAAACAAGAAAUUUAUUUCCCUGAUGUUUCGGAUUCUCACCCGAACCCAUCAACAGAGACAGUCUCAGAUAAGGGUAGUGGAGGAACAAGUUCAGCAUUUAUAGUACGUAGCUGCCGUAGAACCACAUGCGUAGUACACUUAACAGCUCUCACGACCACUGCUGGGUCUCGUAAUCGAUACGAUGCUAGCUUGUGAAUCCUCGUCCGAGUCUGCAGUAUCUAAGAUCUCAUCAUCCAUGUUGGAUGUUGUUGUGAUGAUUACUUGACCAUUUAGCUCGCUGUCAUUAGGAUUUUUGCUCUUUCGCCCCCUCCCCACACGACUGAUUCCCCAUGCCCAGGGAAGAUCUCAGCACUGAAUAUGAUAACGGGAGGUCAUUGCGCUUAUUGAUGGAUUGCGAGCCUGAGGACCGUGACUCGAACAGCUCACGGCUCACACAAUUGUCACCUCUUGUAAGACCUAAAACCUGAAAAUACGGUCCGGCCCCGUGGAAUUAGCCGCCAGCUGAGAGCUAGCGUCUUUCCUUCUCACCGCUGCUGCGUGCUUAGUCAUGCGCGUCCAGAGUAAUCUCCCAUUUUCUUCGACGUGGUUGGUCUGCCUGCAACUCUACCAGAUCCGGUAAACGACUCCAGACGUUUUCUGCCGUGGCAGCGGGUCCUUCGGCCUCAUGUCUUGGCCGAAGUGUUGUUCCGUCGGUUGAGAUCUACUCAGCACACCCUCCUGCGUAAUAACAACUCGGGUAUAUUUGGGCUAUGAGGGCGCCCUAGAGGCCAUGACUAGAAAAUCUGCCGAUCCUCGAUCCUGAAAACAAGGCUGCGGUCUCCUGGAAAUUCUGACUGGUUUGACGUCCGAGUGGGGGAAUUAUGUUUCGUACCGGUUGAUGAGUCAGUACUCUUUUGGUCGGAAGAGGCGACGAAGAAAGGCUACCCAGUCAAAGCGCAUAUUCGCUCGCCUUGGCCUUGCCUUACCACUAGAACACGAUGUGUGCGAGAAGGGAGAGGGAACGUGAAAGAGAUAGAUGCUGUGCAGAUCCAAUUGAAGAGCAAGCCGUCACUGCUACCCGAAGAAAGGGGUGUUCUCUGGCUCUUCCAUCGAAUAAGCUGCCGGUCUACUCGCAGGUUAAAUAAAACAUUGUCUUCUCUCAGGGACAUUACCUCGUCAUCCUUUUUGGCAAUUCACGACCCAGGCUUGGUUUUUGGAGCAAGUGUGUUGUUUGUCCCACCGAAAAAUUCGGAUGCACACACGGUGAACAUAAGGCUUUCUCUGUGCCUUUACUGGAAAAUUCUACCACCUCUGUUCAUGCUAAGCGAGACGUAUUGUCUCAGUUGUUUGCUAGGGCAUAUCUGAAAAACGCUGUCUUUGCGUCGUGGUCAAAAAGCACAUCGGUAGUUUACUCUGUUAGUCCUUAUUCCCUCAUUUUUUCGUCUGCCUGGUGACGAAUACUGAUUUGUUCGCUCUCUCUCUCUGAAGUUUUCUCAGGAUGCGUACCAGUAGUCGAAAAUCGAAUUCGAUAUCAGUGGAACAGUCAACUCGCAUCUGCCAAAUGAUGCUCUAAUUUGUUAGUUACCAUUUAAGAUUUACGCAUGCCUUUAAACCUCCCAAAGUGCCUAAUGGGCGUGUUGCCUGAAAGCUCUUUUAUGUUUCUUCCCACAAUGCUAUAGAGUGAAACAUUUAAAGUUGAUCUUUGGAAGUCGGACUCACACAUCAAAAUAUACGUUAUUUUUUCGAUGCAAACCACAUUGAAACUGGACUUUUUUGUUCGAUGCAUUUAUAAACGAUCCAGUUCUAAUUAAUCAUUCCCAACACAAAGCUCACCGACUGUAGGCUGACUCAAACAGUACCAUAAAAUAUGUGGUACUUCUGAAAUUGUGAUCUUUUCAAAAAUCAUUGAUGGCGACGAGGAGGGCUUAAAACGGAUGAAAGUAUGCCCGAUAGUUAAUCAUUAUGGCAUCCGCACGUAGGUAUUCUUCAUAAUUUGAAGCCAGCCUGGAGUUGUUAUGGGAGACCCCUCAUGAUCUGGCGUCUCGGACGUACUGAGAAAAAUAUUACCUGAUCCCUCCAGCAAGAACAUUAUUUAUACGGGAUAACGCAAACGUUUGUAGUCUUUCUGGCGAUUGUGGCAUGUACGUCUUCCUUCCGAAUCGCACUACCUCUCACCAAAGCCAUAUUAACCGGUUUUGAAUAAUAUUCUUCGAUUUUUACGCGUAUCCUAUGCACAACAGAAAACUUGACUACCAAUCCGUUCUGGUAUAUUUUAAAGCAAGUUCUGGCAGGAAUUAAGGAAGGAAUAUUAGGGAAUAUAAUGUUUUAUCGGUCUUUUGCACAUUAUGCACUAAUAUAAAUCAUUGUUUAAAGUAUCAUUACACGCUAAUAGGGCUAGAAAAAUGUGUUUCUUUCUUGCUUUUCGAGUUGGAUAGUACUACUCAUUAUUUUUAUCCAUCCACCUUCGGCUAUCCUGUCAUUUUUUUUAAAAAGUCCACAUUUACCUCCAAUAGGACUCUCGGUGGCUGACUCUCAAAACAAUUCCACUGUAUAUACAUAAAAAUAGGUUCCUUUUCGCGCAGUCUUGCGUUUAAAUUUUCCAGCAUAAUCCUUAAAAAUGUUUUGACCAAAGAUAUGUUUUUGUUCUUUAUUCCUUCGCGCAGUCACGUGGUUGUAGCCAGAGGUCUUACACACUCAGUCAUUAAUCGUGGUAGUGUGGGAUAGGAGUUCCAAAUUAUGAAGAAGACACGCUCAACGUUCUGCUCUUCAAAUACGAUACCAUGUUUUCAACCUAACUGCUCUACUGCCGCCUGCUCUUACCAGAUGUGGCGAUUUCGAAAAAGAAUGUUGCAUAAAUGUUCUAGCCUUGAUAAAGAAGAACAAUACGUCUUAGUCUCUCGGCAGAUAAGCUUUCAACCCAUGAUUCAUUUCCAGAUCAAGUUUUCGUUUUCCGGGGCUCCACUUGACUUUUGACGGGUUAAGCUGCGACAUUUCACGACAAGCACUCGAACGAUUGUGCUGAUGAUGAUGACGACGACGAUGAUGCUGCUGCUGCUGCUGCUGCUGAUGAUGAUGAUGAUGAUGAUGAUGAUGAUGGUGGUGGUGCUGCUGCUGCUGAUGAUGAUGAGGAGGAGGAUGAUGAUGAUGAUGAUGACGACGACGACGACGACGACGACGACGACGACGACGAUGAUGAUGAUGAUGAUGAUGAUGAUGAUGAUGAUGAUGAUGAUGAUGAUGAUGAUGAUGAUGAUGAUGAUGAUGAUGAUGAUGAUGAUGAUGAUGAUGAUGAUGAUGAUGAUGAUGAUGAUGAUGAUGAUGAUGAUGAUGAUGAUGAUGGGUCUAGUUCUCAUUUAAUAUCCAAGUAG